CAAAGACUGAACAUACUUUGUUCUCAAAUCAACAGAAAACAGAUGUUUUGUGAUUGAUAAUGACUGCAUUUCUAAUCAAAGACUAUAGUUGGUAGUGUUUUUCGUGAAAAGUUGCGAAAUUCUCAUCCAAACAUAUGCAUUUAAGUGAAAAAUAAAAUGGAUACAAAUGCAACAUUACUAUCGUGUAGAAUUUGUGGUGAAUUUUUUGUAGCGUCUGAAUCUCAAUUACAUAUAAACCUUUUUGAGCCAAUGGUUGGCAUUGAAGCAGAAUUGGAAUUUAUACGAAAAGAAUUGAAAAAUUGGAAUCUAAAUAUAACACCAAACGAUGGACUUCCGCAGUGCAUUUGUUACAGUUGCUUCACGAAAUUUCUUAGCAUAUAUUCGUUUUAUAAUGACUGUGAAGCGGUACAGAAAAAGUUUUUGAGUGCAAUGCUUCCAAAUGGCGAUCCAACUGAAUGCCUACAAUUGUUACAGAAUAGUGUUCCAACAACUAGCGACAUAAAUUAUGAUACCAUUGGAACAACAAACGAAGAAGCUGAUGGUAUCAAUGGCAUGCAAAUGGUUGAUGAUAAAGUCGUAACGCAAGUUUUAAAUAAUAUGGAUGUCUUCGGAAGUGAUUUUCCAUGUUUAGAUGGAAAAAUAUUGCUUGAACCAAGUACAGAAUUUGUUAGUAAUACAAUGGAGCAGUCCAAUUAUGAAAAUAAUAAUUCCAUAGAUGUUGCUUCGCUGCUAAAUGCAACAGACGUAAAUAAUGAAGAGACAAUAAAUGAGGAGAAAACGCAAUUUAUGUCGGAAUGUUCGACAAAAUCCAGCACUACGGAAAACUCAUUUAAUGAGAUAAAUGAUUAUUUGGAAGAUCUAGAAGAAAUGCUACAAGGCAGUAUAAUACCAACCAAAUUAAAUAAAAAGAAUGAAACAAGUAUAAAUUGUGAUUUAAAUAAGGAGUGUGAUGCAUCUGAAACUGAAAUGUAUGACUCAGAUGAAAAUUCAUUAAAUUCUCGUCUUCGUGAUAAUCCCUUCGCUUGUCAGUAUUGCUACUGUCAAAAAAAAGGUGCUGUUGAUCAUUUAAUAUUUCAAGAUUCAGAAGCAUUGUCUCAACAUUAUUUUGAUGCACAUGAUCCAAAUUUACCAUAUACCUGCCCGCACUGUACAAUAUCUUUCAAAACAUCUAAAAUACGUGAUAGUCAUGUGAUACGUAUGCAUGUUUCACGUGUCGGUGCAAGGAGCUGCGAAUACUGUAAACGCGGUAUACGCAGCUCGAAGGAGGGACAUGAAAGUAUGUGUACAUAUAUAGGCGAUUGGGAGUGUACAGUAUGUGGAUCAAAAUUCAAGCAAAUACCAUUGCAUCGCUUUCGUGCACAUCAGCGUAUGCACGAAAGAUCAGACAAAUAUCGUUGCAGUAUUUGUGCACGGACUUUUGUACGUCGUGCCAAUAUGGAAGCACAUGAACAAUUACAUCUGUCGAAUGAAACCAAACUUAAACAUUGUGAUGAAUGCAACUCGGCAUUUACUAGUGAAUACAAACUUAAAAAACAUAAAUAUUCCAUACACCAUGGAGAGAUGCCAGUUGCUUGUGAAUAUUGCAAAAAAGGUUUUGUUAGCCUUGCAUUUCUCAAUCGUCACAUGCAGCACUUCCAUACAGAUAAACUGAACUCAAGCAAUACAAAUGCUCUUACUUGCACAAAUUGUGGUAUCAGUUACACAUCAGUUCAUAAGCUACGUAAUCAUAUGCAACGUCAACGUGAUGAGAAUGGCAAAUGUAUAGAUUCUCCAAUGAAACGUAAAGAGAAAAGACGUGAGGAUCGUGCUGGAAUUCUAUUGUGUACAUAUUGUUCGAAGCGUUUUCAUGUAAAAUCUGAACUGGAAAGACAUUUAAGCAUACAUGAUCCACAGUUACGUCCACACCAGUGUCUACAAUGUAACAUACGUUGCAGGACUGCAAGCGAAUUGAAGCAGCAUGUGAAAGCAACACAUUUACUUGAAAAACCACACGAAUGCGAACUUUGUGGAAAAUUUUUCACUUCAAAAAAGAAUCUUAAUCAGCAUGUUCUCUUUCAUAAUGAUUGUACAAUCCCCUGCACUGAAACUGGCUGUAAGUAUAUGGGGAAAAAUAAAAAAGCCCUUACAGAUCAUAUCUUUCAUGUACAUCAUCAGCAGUCUUGUGAAUAUUGUGGCGAAUUAUUCACAAGAAAUCGUUUAGCAACUCACCUACGAAAUGUGCACAGCAAAGAACUAUCCGUCGAUGUUAUCGAUAAUCCACCAAUGCAUUAUAAUGCUAUUGAAUCAAUUCAAGCAGAUCUUUUAAGCAAUGGUUCUACAGAUUUAGUAAGUUUAUCUGAUAAUGACUUGCAAGUCUAUACGGAAAAUAGCGAACAAAUGGCAGAUUUUUUUUUGGACUCAUUAAUGGAUGCCGAAAAUGAACUUGCGGUUUUUACAAGCAAUAACUAAAUAUUUAAUUUUACUAUGAAUUUGUUACCUAACCUAAGUAUUAAUCUAAAUAUAUAAUCUCAACUUGUAAUUAUCAAAUAAGAUUUUUUCUUAAAGCGCAACUAAAUUCUAUUAUUAUAA